AUGGAGGUAAUUUCGAGAUCUCCUCCAAUUUUUCAAGAAAUUGAGAAUACAGUUGAUAAUAAUGAUAUAAUUGCACAAUCUGGUGAAAAGAAUAUUGUGGAGAAAGAGGUAGUUCAAAUUGAUUUUGAUGAUAUUAAGGAGAAGGUCGAUUUCUGGAAUUCUGCAAUUGUGCGUUACGUAAUGGGAGCUAAUCCUCUCAUUCAUGUAAUGGAAGGAUUUGUUCAUAGAAUUUGGAAGAAUAUUAAAGUUGAUAAGGUUGCGAUGAUUCACAAAGGAGUUUUUAUUGUGCGAUUCUCUAGCAUGGAUAAUCGUGAUAAGAUAUUAUUAGGACAUUACUUCUUUGAUAAUGAACCACUGAUACUGAAAUCAUGGGUGGCUGAUAUGGAUUUCAUGAAAGAGGAUCUUAGAUCGGUGCCUGUGUGGAUUCAAUUGAAAUUGAAUAUUAAGUAUUGGGGGGAAAAGGCGCUAUUCAAAAUUGUUGAGCAAAUUGGUAAGCCAAUACAGAGAGAUGAAGCUACUAAAAAUCGACAUAAAGUCCAGUUUGCAAGAGUGCUUGUGGAGGUUUAUUUGUCAGAGAAAUUAAUAGAUCAAGUUGUUUUUGUGAAUGAAUAUGGGGAUAAAAUUGAAGUAGAAGUGAAGUAUGAAUGGAAACCAGUGACAUGUGAGAAAGAUUUUAGGCCUGAAGAUGUAGGUGGGACUGAAUCUGUAUCUAAAGGCAUAACAGUUGAUCUAGAUGGAUUUCAGAGGGCUUUAAGGCUAAUCAAGGUUAGGGUGUCACAGACACAAGAGACAAGCACAGACAAUCAUUUUUCAGCUGCGAGAAGAAGGGUGAUAGUGGUCAAAGAAAUGACAAGGGAAGGGGGGACCCUUCCAACACUAAUGGAUAAAAUUAUUAGUUGGAAUGUCCGAGGGAUCAAUAGUCCAAGGAAGCAGAAGGAUGUAUUGAGGUCCAUUCAGAAGCAUAGUAUUCUGCUUGUUGGUCUCUUGAAAACCAAGGUAAAGGCAUGUCAUCUUGGCAACCUUUAUCAAAAUGUGUUUAAUUCAUGGUGCUUCACCUUCAAUAUUGGCUAUCACCCAGGAGGGAGAGUAGUUCUAGCUUGGAAUCAUGGUGUGUUCUCUGUAAGUAUUAUACAUAGUACUGAUCAAUUUAUUCAUUGCUAUGUUCAGCCUAUUAGUGGCAGAACAAGUUUCUUUUGCACUUUCAUUUAUGCCUAUAAUGAAAGUGCAAGAAGAGAGUCUUUGUGGGCAGAUUUGAGGAAUGUCAAGACUAAGGAGUUGUGGCUCAUUAUGGGAGAUUUGAAUUGUGUUAGGCAUGUGCAUGAGAGAAUUGGUGCCCCAGUUAGAAGUGGUGAAAUGGAGGCUAUCAAUAGAUGUAUGAUAGAGUGUGGCUUAGAUGAUGUGAGAAGCUCAGGAUAUUAUUUGACAUGGAAUAACAAGCAGCAAGGCAAUGUAAGAGUUUUUUCUAAAUUGGAUAGAAUCAUGGAAAAUGAAGCCUGGUUGAAUGAAGGUAAAAAGCCAUUUAAGUAUUACACAAUGUGGAGAUUAUCCAUUGAGUUUAAUGCAAGAGUGAGUAGAUGUUGGAACACUCACAUUGUAGGAUCAAAAACGUAUGUUGUGUGCAAAAAGAUGAAGCUGAUUAAGAAAAAAAUGCAGGACCUGAAUAGAACUGGAUUUAAUGAUAUUCAGGCAGCUGAAGUCAAGGCUUAUCAAGAUAUGCUUGCUGCACAGGCUAAGAUGCAUAGCAAUCCUAGUAAUCAAAGGCAGAUAAUUAAUGCUGUCAAAGAGUACAAAUUGAAGCAUAAAGCUUAUUUAGAGUUUAUUUCCCAGGUGUUGUUGUUCUAUACUUCUUUUGUAUAUGUUCUACGUUUUAUUAUUAUUGAUGUUGCCUAA